AUACACGGCAACAACACGCCGUCAGAGAGAGGGAGAGACACACAAGAGAGACUGGCUGUUUUUUGGGGGGAGCAAAGGGAGUCUUCGACGCUGCGGAUAUGAACUGAAACAGAAACACUGGAAGAGGCAGGGAUCGUGUUUCCUAUAUCCCGAAAAUUUACUGUAAAGGUGGAAAACUAGCACCCCCCAAAAAACCCUCCUCUCUCCCUAACAGGUCUUAUUCAGAUAGAGCUACACCCAAAGCCCCGACCGACCCCCUCCUGCUCCUGCUGCUCCACCCCUCCGCCGCUGCACCGCUCCGGCAACCGAGAUGCACACGGAGACCCGUAACAAGAAAUGCCAGUCGACUCCUAAGCAGAAGAAGAGUGCUGUCGGCGCCCAGAAGAAGCAGAGGAGCCCGGCCAAGCAGAGCGCCCUGACCCAGCAACAACCGCCGCCACCGCCGUCAUCAUCACCGCCGCCGCCCGCAUCCCAGGAAGAGGAGGAGAAGGAGGAGGAGCCGGCGACCAGGCCUCGGCCGCCGCAGGGGGAGGAGGAGGAAGAAGCAGGCGAGGAGGAGCGAGAGGAAGUGGCGACACAGUCUGUGAAGAAGAAGGAGGAAGUGGAGGAGGAGGAGGAGAAGGAGUGCGAGACAGACAUGCCCUCUGUACAGAUCAAACCAGAGCCAGAGGAGAUGGAGUGCACGGCAGAUGUUGGUGAUGACUGCUCGCAACCAACAGACCUGAAGGUGAAGAUGGAGCCUCCGGUUUGCAAGACGGAGCCCUCUUCGCCCCAGCCGUGCCUCGCCGAGGACCAGACCGAACCGGUUGACCUGUCGCUCAACAAGCCCCGCUCCUCUUCGCUCCCCGCUUCUACGACAAGCACCACAGUUAACCCUGCACCCAGCAGUGCCAUGACCCAACCCAGUCUGUCGGCUACACCAGUCCCCUCUGCGGUACAAUCGAUAGGCUCCAUGGUCCUCUCUCCAGGCUCUAUCUUGGCCACUCAGGGCGCCGGGGGCCAGCAGAUCCUUCACGUCAUCCAUACAAUCCCCUCGGUCAGCAUGCCCAGCAAGGUGGGCCAGCUCCAGACCAUCCCUGUGGUGGUGCAGUCACUGCCUGUUGUCUACACCACCAUGCCUACUGAUGGCAUGGCCACAGCAGCCAUUACAGUGCCACUCAUAGGCAGUGAUGGGCGCUCAGAAGGAUCUGUUCGUAUUAAGCCAGGUUCAACGUCUCCGGUGGAGUAUCAGAGUGACAGCGAUGCAGAGAGCGGUACAGAGUCCGGAUCGGCCUCCCUCAGUGCCCAGAGCAUCGACGCCGGGUCGGUUAUGGACUUAGAGCCAGUCGAUCCAGAUUCGCCAGACAUCAAGAGGAGGCGGAUCCACAUGUGUGACUAUGAAGGCUGUAAAAAAGUUUACACCAAGAGUUCCCACCUCAAAGCCCACAGGAGGAUACACACAGGAGAGAAGCCCUACCACUGUACCUGGGAGGGUUGCACCUGGCGCUUCGCCCGCUCCGACGAGCUGACUCGACACUUCCGCAAGCACACGGGGAUCAAACCUUUCCGCUGCACCGAGUGCGACCGCUCCUUCUCCCGGUCCGACCACCUCUCCCUGCACCGCCGCCGUCACGUCAUGAUGUGAACUCUGACCUCCUUCCUCCCCCGAACACCCACAACUCCCUGAUCAACCUCCCCUUCAAACCAACCUCUUACCCCCCCCCCAGAAGUCCCUCACAGCACAUCUUGUACCAGUGCCCCCCCACCCCACCCCACAUGAACCUCCGCUACUUCCUGUUUCUCUUCUCACCUAUUCUGCAGCCCAAAUAAGCAGAUAAAAAAGACUGCAUAACUCCUUCCUCCUCCUCCUCCUCCUCCUCCUCCUCUUCAUCUUGAAAUCACAGGAAUAUCAGGAAUGUGUCUGUGCGUUUAGCGUGUGUGCACAGUGGCGGUUAGGGGAUUUUUACUGUGUGUGUUUCAACACAUAAUCAUCAUCAUCAUCAUCAUCAUCAUCAUCAUCAUCAUCACCGUCCACCCAACAGUCCUCCCACUCCAAAACUCCCCUCCUCACCAUCCUCCAACAAACCCCACCCGUCACACAAGACGUCAAGAGAAGGAUGGACUGAAGGACAUCCAUCAGCGGGGGACGUUCAUCCAUCCAUCAAAAGCAUCCAUCCAUCCAUCCGAAGGAGAGGAGGAAGACGAGGAGUGACGUCUUUGAACUCAAACCAGAAGGGGAAUUUUAAGCAGGAUGUCACUUCAGCUGCGCUUUUCUUUUUGAAAAAAAAAAAAAAAUUCUGUACAUAUCCAGAGUUGGGAAGUUAUGUGACUCAAAGCCAAAGUUUCAUAUUGUAUGGAUGUUUGGAAAACUCCCCAGAAUGCCUCAAAUAGCCCCUUUUCACCACCGGAACCUUUUCUGGGAACUUUUUUUUUUUUUUUUUUAGGAACUCAAGACCUUGCCUCUUUCUAACCUUUUGACUUAAAAACCAUGGCAAAAUCGAUGAUCUAAUCACAUUUCGGUUGGUACCAAAGAAGUGUUAACAUUGAAUUCCCAGCUCUAAUCCUCAUUCCUUGGUCUGGGCGAAGUGCUCUGGAAUGGCCCAGGAACUAUCAUGGAUCAACACAAUGAUUCUGGCAUUGUUUCAUCAAAAUCAUCUCUUAAACAAAUAAUAUAUAAUUGGAUUUAUUUGCAGAAUCUCACUAGUUUCCCAGGAUGCAGCUGAAACGUGCAAAAGGGACCGUCUGGUUCUGUUUUUUGAAAGGGGUCCAAAAACAACUCGGUUGGAUUAUUAUUAUCAAUUUGGGAUCAAAACCUUUGGAUAAAUUAUUUAUUAAAACUGUAAUGGAUCUUGAAAGUAAAGGCUUCCCAACCCUGUGCAUAUCAGUGGAUGAGUGUGUGUGUGUGUGUGUGUGUGUGUGUGUGUGUGUGUGUGUGUGUGUGUGUGUGCGUGUGGUGUGUGUGUGUGUGUGUGUGUGUGCGCGCAUGUAAUGAGCUUAUUUUCACCGCCGCUGAAGUGACGUCAAUCAUAUAUUUCCUCUUCGGCAAACAUCCAUCUGAGACUUGGAUCUUAAAGUGGUUUAUUGUAUCCGGACUCCCCACCCGACAUCACCCCCGCACCUCCCUCCUCCCUGCAGCCCCAGCCCCACCCGCCUCCGCCUCCCCUGGUACAGGGAGCUACAAGACUGUGAACUUUAUAAAGAUUCAUUUGUUUUCAUUGUAUCAAUCACAUUAUUGUUGUUUGUGUGUUCUCCCCCCGCACACACCUUUCUGAUUCUUCUUCGAUAACAGUAUUUGCUUUUUAUGCGUCGUUGUUGCUGUUGUGUUAUUAAAUAAGGCCUUCAGUUAUGCCGUUUUUUUUUUUUUUUCUUCUACUUUGCCAGGUUUGGCGUUUUUUAACAGAAUGGCAUUGUCUUUUGAAAAUUAUUUCAGAUCCUUUUGUUGUGUUCUGAGGCUGUGAAAAAGACUGAGGAGACACAAAUAGUUUGAGAUUACAAGUAAAACUCUCACGCAGGGAAUAGGGGAGCUUUUCUGAGUGUGUGUUUUUUGCGUGUGUUGUUUGUGUGCGUGUGUGCGUGUGUGUGUGUGUCUGUGGGUCCGUGUGCAUGUUUUGAGACAAACACAUAAUCAGAAUUUAAGAUUUUUACGAGUGUGUGUUCCGGGCACUUGUUGUUCUUUUACCUCUUGCCCGUUGAGCCUUAAUAACUGAAGUCAAUCUGUAAGGGCGAAACCAGAACCACUGACAGAGGAUGUUAGGCCAAAGAUCAACUGUGUGUCUCCAUUUAUUAAAACACAAUAACACUGUUUGUCCGUGAGUACCGGAUGUUUGCAGCCUCGGCUUGCUUUUCUCGCUGCUUUCUGUGGAGAAGAUCUUCCUCACAGCAGUGAGAGUUAAACUUGUUUUUUUAGUGUUUUGAAACCGAGAACUUAAAGAUGUUACGUGAGGAACUUUUAAAUGUCACAUUUUACUUUGGGGACAAAAUUGCCUUUGAAGUCUGUGAACAGUCUUCUACACAGUAUUUUGCAUUGUGAGGGCCGUUAUAGCAGAAAAUCUGCUGGAUUGCUUUUUUUGGCACAAAACAUAAAGAGAGCGCUCCAGAGCAAGCAGAUUUAAAGCUUUUAGAAUUUUGGACAAUAGCGGAAGAGAAAAAAUUCAGCUGAGUGUGUAAGAUGUGGUCUUUUAAAAACUGUAGCAGCGACAUUUUCAGAAUUUGCAAGCGCAGGAAGCACUAUGAACACCUCCCAUCAGCCGCCAUGCUGAAGCACCCGUCAAUAUAAACGCCAUUUGCACUGGUUUCGUGAUCUCACAACAUCCACUGGAGCAGCAGGACAAGGAGCCAACAUGGCGGCCACUGAAAGUCCCAGUGGUCGGGCCGUCUGUCAGUGGUUCUGGGAGAAACCAGGCACUGUGUCGGACUGUCAGGGUCCGUAGUGCCUGCGGUUUAAACCACGGGGAAACUAAGCGCUCUCCUCACUAGCAUUUUUAUCAGGGUGGGGGUCAAUUCUCUUUCAACUGAGUUUGUUUUUCAUCGUGACAAAACUUCAUUUAAUGCCUCAAAAAACUAACUCUAAACUAAUUCUAACAGAGAAUCUUGUUUUUAAUGCUGUUUCUCCCUAAAGUUUUGUUGUCUACAACUUUGUCGACCUCACUCCCCCGGUAACUAGCCUGUGCUGAACUCUAAAUCUAAUCAGCACAUUUUUUUAACUUCUGUUGGAACAGAAUUGAACCCCUAACCCUGCCCUCUAACCCACGGUGUCCAUGUCUUAAGUGGGCUGUUUUUCAGCUCCCAUUCUGGACUGAACUUGAUUAUGCAACAUAACGCAGACCUCGCUCAAAGCGCUGUUCUGAACUGUAGUAGAGCACUAGCUGGUAGUUGCACUGCUGAUAUGCAGCUCACAUGGGUUGUAAGAAGAACCCUAAAGGGAGGCCAGGAUGCGUAGAAGCCUGUGCUGUCGAUCGCUGAACAAAGCCAACUCUGAAAACCGCUUAGACAACAAGGGGUUGUGACUGUGGACUGAGACAGGAACACAGACAGGAAAUCAAACUUGUGUAAUGAUGUCUUAAACAGAGGGGCUGAGGAUGUGAUCAAUGGAACCGGCUUUUCACAAUCCUGACGCGUCCCUUUACAAACAAAAAGGCAAGACACAUUUUGCUUUUGCGACGCUGUUUUCAUUCGGAGUUACUGUUGUUGUUGUUAUUUCAAAAGCUAGUAAGCGAGAGCAAAAUGUUAAACACCUGACUUUUUCAUAGUAUGAUAACCGAGAUGGACGUGCAGGCUUCCUGUGAGCUGAGUGCAUGCCAUGAACAGGGCAGAUUGUUGUUUGGUCUGCACACUGCAAAAAAAUAUCCGUCAUAGCAAAGUCACUGAAUCUGGUUGUGGAUUUUUUUUUCAGCCUUGUUGAAGGAUAUUGUCACUCAUAUCAAGGAAAGUCUGGAAACAGGUUUAACCAAGUGUAAAAAAAAAAAAAGAAAAUAGUUUUUUCCAUUUGUAAAAGAUUAAUAAGAAUCUGAACUAAAUUCAGUCACUUGUUUAGAGGUAUUUUGUUCUUUUUUGCAGUGCAGCGCAGAGCAAUGCAAUGUUCCCGUUUCUCUUAACAUCCCCCCCGCUUCAACAAAAAAAAAAACAUAGUUACUAAGCACAUCUUUCUAGAAGAGUAUAUGCAUUUGAUUGCAAUUUUCUUUCUUUUGUAAACUGUUGAUAAAGACAUUAAGGACAAUGACAAAUAAUUAAGAUAAAUCCAUGUACAUAAAUGUAUAUAAUCAAAAAGUGCAGAGUAAAUGUAACGGGUGAAUUUCUAUUUUUAACACUGACUAGAUAAUGUGAAAAAAUCUUUUUUUUUUUCUUCUUCCUCUGUUGGUUUGAUGAAAUGUGUUUCAUCAUGUGUUCUUUUUUUCAAAAUCUAAUACAUUUGUUUCGUAGUUUCUUAAAAAAAGAUUGGUCCCACUUGUGUUGUGCACACUUGUUGCAUGGAGCGUAGCCUUCUUGUUUUCCUAUAGUGACGUUGGUGAGCAUGUCCGUGUGUGUGAGACAGUGGGUUUCCCUCAGCAUUGAUGACAUGAGGAAAAAAAAACCCACUUUGAAAAUGAUUAAUUAGUGAUCCAUUUAUUAUAACAGAGCUUGAUAUUUCUGCACUGGACUGAAUUUAAAUGACUAAAAAAAAAAAUCAAACAGUCCGUGAAAUGGGAGAUUUAGUUGGCUUGGGUCAGAAAAACAUUUUUUUACAGAGCAUUUCAGGUCAAACGGGGUUACAAAUAUCACUGUUUUGGUUAUUUUGGGGUACAGGGUCUGUCUUACCAGGUCUAACACAGGUGGAAGAUACAGACGUAUCCAACCUGUUAUACACCUUGUUAUAUUAGAAAAAACAACCUAUAGUUGCAUACAGAAACCCAGUUUGCCAUUUUAUUGCAGCAAAGCUUUACAGAUACAAAACAGAUUCAUUUAAAUAUGAUAAGGUAUUUUCUCCAAACUGAAGUUCAGACAUUAAAGAAGGUCAAACCUAGAAACCAAAAUCAUUCAUUGGGUUGAGAAUUCGCCCACAUGCUACAUGCUAAAACAUUUGUGUAGUAUCUGUAAUCAGGAAUUUAGCUUGAAAUCUUUUUUGUUAGUGUUCAGCAACAAUUUAUGGCACACGACUGACUGCAGUUGCUAAGGCUCAUGGGAUAUGUUGUUGUUGAAUGCUAACAGAAUAACUGUUCAUGUAUCUUGGCUGAAAUGAGGAAAUGUCCACAAAUCUUUAUAUCCAGGACAGUAGCAGACAGCCAUUAAUCUCAGAAUAUGGACACGGAAAACCAGGAAAAUGGUUCAGUGUUUUUGAAAAGGACUUUGUGUUCCAGAAGAACUGAGCAGAAAGCGGCUAGGCAAAGAUGUCGGACUUGAGCUCUUUGUAGACUUGUCAUAUAACUUAAGGGCAUCGUUUUGAUUAUUUGUGGAAAUGCUCAGGUCCAAUUUUCCUACCAAUAUGAAAAAAUCACAUAAAAACAUUUUCUCAAUUACAUCCAGUGGUAUCUAGCGAUGGUACUAGUUUUAACCCAGUACAAUGGAGGUGAAUGGGAUUGACGGAUUGUAGUGCUCACGGCAUUGUAAUAAAAAAAAAGACAUUCCUGGUGAAAGUCAAGGUCUACUUACUAGCAUAUGCAUCAGAUGGAGUUUGCUCAGUUGUCAUGGAGAUGGUUGUCAUCACUUCACCUAAGUAUGGAACUUUGGUCAUGUGAUAACAGGUGCAAGGAGGGGGUUAUAACCUAAGUCUCUGUUUAUAGAUGCUCUUCGUCAGAUCUGAAAGGCCUCUUUGAUGUUUCUCCAGCCGUCGGACUGACUUUUGAUCUGGUAUCGCUCCAAAAGCUAUAAAGUGGACUCAUUUUGUCAAACUCCUACUUCAAACUAACGUAUCUUAAGUAGAGUGCCAAUAAAGACGGUGGCGUCUGUAACCAGAGUCUUUAAAAUACCACAAACUAAGUUCCUUUCCCCUCCAUUGUAUCGUGAUAAAGGCAGAAAUCUCAGAGAUAGAUCUGCAUUGCUAGAUACCGUUAGAGAUAAAUGUGAAUAUGUUUUUUUUUUUUUUUUUUGUGUAAUUUACAUGAAGGAGCCCUUAAAAGUGUUUGUAUUUAGUUAGAUGUAUCUCAAGCCCCUUUAAUUCUAGGAACUUUUACCCCAUGGAUGUGUCAUUAUCUGAAAAUUAUACUGACCCAUCGCUCUACAAGCACAUUUAUCAGCUCUGGUGACCAUUAUAACAGCAAAACUGGUGUUUUUAGAGACAAACACACACACUGAAACCUCACACUGAGGAUAGUCACUCAUGACAUCUCAUAGCCUGUUGACGAUGACCCAGACAAAGUCUUAUCGCUGGUGUUUGAGUUGUUGCAGGGAGACUGAUGCAUGUGUUUUGUGUUUUUCCUGCUUCCUGUUGGUUUUUUGCGGUUUGUGCAAGCUUGUUUUCCCUCGGUAUUCCUCUAAAUCUUCUGUUCAUGUAUUAAGCAGGAAUGUUCAUCUUUGAACAGGCAGUGAAACAUUUGAUGAAUUUUAUCCCCCAUUGAGACCUGGACAGGAUGAGUUCAUGUCUGAGGGUGACGUCACUGACUGUGUCCAUCUGUGUGCCUCGACUCACCACGAAUUACUUCCUCUUCAAAUCAAAAACUUUAGGUAUUUUCUAUUGAAUGCAGUAACUUAUGGGCCAGUACUAUAUUUACUCAGUGCAAUGCAGUUAUCAUUAUAAUACAAUUAUUAAUAAUAUUUUUUUUCUUUUUUUUGUAUUUGUACAGAACAAAUGUGUAAAGAUCAGUGAGGAAAACGUGAGCUUUUUGAUACUGUGACUCAUGGUGUUUAAAAGUCAGUUUCUCCCUGUACAGUUGUGAUUUCCCCCUUCCUCCCUUCUUCUUUUAUAGAAUAAAAAAUGUUUUUGGUGCAAUUUAA